AUGGCCUGGAGCCUCGUCGUCCUCUGGCUCUUCCUCGCGCCAUGCAGCGAGGCUGCUGUCUUCUACCCUGAAGACGUUCCAAGCGUCCCGAGCAACGUCUACGCGUAUGCUGAGAACACGUCGGCGCUGCGCGUCCAAGUGCUGCCGCCGUACGGGAUCCUGCCGCUUGGCAGCAACGGCGAGCCCGUGCUGGCGUACCAAGUCGACGUCGCGGCGCGCAUACCGGACGUCCAGACGUUUACGAUCGCCAGCAACGACGGGCCGAUCGCAUCGGGAGCGUACCGCCUCUCGUUCACGAACGCGCAUGGCUCGUAUGCGACGCCCAACUGCCUUGGAUGGAACGCGACCGCCGACCAAGUCUCGCUCGCGCUCAACGAGCUACCCAACAUUGACGGCGUCAGCGUGACGCAGUCGGCUUUUGGCGCCGCGCCGCACGGCUUCAUCUACACGAUCUCCUUCACAGGCCCGAUCCUCGUCAACGGCCCGCAGCCCAACGUGCUUGUCGGCAGUGUGUGCACGCCGUUCUUGCCUGCAAGCAGCCUCGUCUCGCUCUCAGGGGCGCGCGUGACGCCGGGAACGCUGGGCUUUGUGCCAGAAGUGUGGCAGCUCAUGACGACGACGUCCGGCGACGGUCUUAGUGGCACCAUGGACCUUUCGAUCGGAUUCCAAGGCGACUGGGUGGCCCUGCCAGCGGUGACCAUCAGCGUCGACGCCGGGUCGCGCGUGGGUGUGACGGCCGUCGGGAGCUCGCUCAAGGGCCUCGUCAGUCGCGGCGACGUCGUGCGCAUCAACGGUCAGCGCUUUCGAAUCCACGCGUCGGCGCCGUUCACCGACGUCCACGUGCCGCUGGACGCCAAGCACAUCCUCGGCGCCAACAACGUACCUGUCUAUGUGUACGAUACGGCGAUCGGCCAAGUCGCCGUGACGCAAGGCAGCGCGACCGUGGCGACGUCGACCGACUUGACAUUCAAGGUGGCCGUCGGCGACGACAUUCAAAUCGGCGGCCACGAGUUCAGCGUCAACGCCAUCACGACGUCGACCUUGACCCUCGGCGACAUCGCCAAUGAGCUAGUGGCGGCGCCGUGGACGCUCGCGUCGUCGAAUGAAGCGACGGUGCUGCGCCGGAAGAAGGUGACGGUGCGCGCCGACGCAACGCCGCUCGAAAUGCAAGCGCUUCUGUCGUCGCUGCCGGGCCUCGGCACCGCGACCGUGUCUCGCGUCGGCCCUUCACGUCAAAUGGGCUACGUGUGGUCGAUCACGCUCUCGUCGCUGGGGCCGACGAGCUGCCCGACCUCGCCGUGCCUCCGCGUCGACCCGCUCUUGACCGACGAGUACGGAGGCGCUUGUGCCGGGUGCGCGGCCACACUCGCACCCGCCCCCGGCAGCGUCGGCGUUCUUCCCGACUUUAGCACGCUUCUGUCCUCGACGGUACUCGGCGGCGCGGUCUUUGAGGUGCAAUCGAUCACGACGUCGGCGACCGCGGGGCCCAUUGGCGGCUACUUUUAUAUCAAGUUUGGCUCGUACUAUACGUCGACAGGGUCCCAAGGCGCGCUGAUUAAGUACAACGAGCUCGCGGUCGAUGUGCAAACCAAGCUCCAAGCGCUGCCGACCAUCGGCUCGGUCAAUGUCUCGCGCACGGCGGUAGGGCUAGGGUUUCAAUGGCUCGUGACGUUCACGUCCAACAUGGGCCACCUCCCGCUGCUGUCCGUGACGGGCAACUUUCUUUCGGGCGCGGGCGCGACGAUCACCGUGGCCGAAGUGACGUCCGGGGUCCCGGCCAUGUUUGAAACGGUGCUCAGUGGCGUCCCGAACGCGGCACCGCUGGCACUACGCGCGCGGGCGCAAAACGGCAUUGGUUGGAGUCCCGGGUCCAACCUUUUGCAAGCGUACGGCCAAGGGACCCUGCCGCUGCAGGCGUACACGCAGCGACCACCGAAUGCGCCACGCAUUUCUACGAUACUCCCCGUGUCCUUUUCGCAGCUCCAAGUGACGUUUGUGCCGCCGACCGACAGUGGCGGGACGCCCAUCACGAACUACGAGAUCGAGGCGACGACCGACGCCAGCUUUGGCACACCGAUGGUUGUCGCCAUCGAUGUGUACCACCCGGUUCCAAAUGACGUCCAAGGCACCUUCCAGCUCUCUUACGGCAGCCAAGUGUCGCAACGGCUGCCCGUGGACGCAGCGGCGAGCGUGUUUGCCGCCGCACUCAACCGCCUACCCAACAUGCGCCCCGUGACGGCAUCGCGGUUGAUCUUUGUUCUUGGGGGUCGCUUGGCCACCGACGCCGUCUCGGCCUUCUCACCGCCUCUUGGAAGGUUAACGCUUGGUGCACCGUUGACCUCGGUGCAGGUUGCAUUGCUUCAAGUGGGCACGGUUGUUGCCGUAAACCAAGUGUUGUUUACGAUCACGUCGACGCCUCUUGUCGGUGACUCUGUCGUCGCCGUGACACCCAACGUCCUUGGCACCGGGAGUCUUGGCAGCGGCAUGUAUGCCCUCUUUGCAGUGGACACUGCUGGAAGUCGACGCGGACCGCUCGGGUACCAAUGGCGUGUGACGUUUCCCCAGGCGUCGUUGAGCGACAACCGCGUGUCUUCUAUUGACGUGACCACGGCGCAAGGGCUCAAAGUCGUGUCGUCGCUCUCGUCGGUCGCGUCGGGCGCCGCGAUCGCGGUGCCGGCGGUCGCAGUUCUGACGCCGCCGACGUUUCCGGCGCAUUACAGUUCGUUUGUGUUGAGCGCGUCCAGCAACUGCAACACCUUUGUUGUUGGACCGUCGUCGGGCACACAAAUCCUGCAGUUGUUUGCACCGACAAGCAUCUCGGCCGGCGCGUACCAGCUCCAGUUGGACGCGUCAACAACCGCGUGCAUUGCAUUCAAUGCAGACGCGCAAUCUCUCAAGGCACUGCUCAUGGCGCUGCCCAACGUCGGCCACGUCUCGGUCGAGAAGAUCGAUGUCUUCAAACAGGUGCUUUUACCCGGCAGCCAAGCGGCUGCUGUCACGGGCUACAGCAGCUCGACAGGGCUACUGACCGUCGUGAGUACGGGUGCCCCGGGGCUCACCACCGAUCAAGCCGCCGCCCUCCCCGUCGGAGCGCUUCUUCGCGUGCAAAAGAACGCAGGGGACGCGCUACAAGACCAGUGCACCUUCACCGUGUCGACGGCGCCAGCUGCCCAAGCGACGACGAUCGCGGUCGCCUUGUACGACCCAUCGACGCCGUGCGCGACCUUUGCGGGCGAGUCGCGCACCCUGCGGGUCUUUGAUUUGCCAACGUACAAAAUCGUAUUCCGCGGCGACUACCCCACGGGCGCGUGGCCGACGCUGCGUGUGGUGAGCGCCGGGUCCGGGACCUGCGCCGCGUGGGCGCCGGCCGUGGCCGUCAAGAGCCGGGUCCGGACCCUUCAGUACGAAGGGCCAUGCGCGUCCGGGUCGCCUGCGAUUCAGACGCUCAUUGCGGACGCCGACUCGCCGCUGGGCGGUACGUUUACGCUUCUGUACCGGGGUCAAGUAUCGGCACCGCUGAGUGUGAGAGCGACGACGGCAACCGCGGUCGCUGCCGCCAUGCAGGCCAUGGUCAACGGCCCCGUGACGGUGACGACCGUGCGUCACCGGACGUAUGGGCGUGCGUGGCAAGUCACAUUUGCACCGACCAUUACCGAUGCGAUCGACAACAUUGUGGUCGACGAUGCCUUCUUGACGGGCACGAACGCGGUCAUGCAGUCGUUUCCAGUGGUCGAGUUUACAUCGACGUCGGUGCUAAACAGUCUGUCGGGCGACUGGACGAUUGCACUCGACGACACGGAAACGACCCCAAUCGGCGUCGCCGCAACGAUGAACAAGGUGGUUGCCGAGCUCGAGAAACUCUACAAUGUGAACGUCGCCAUGGCACUGACCAAUGUCCCGAGUGAUCCGAGCCAGAUCGGCUACACGACGCUUGCACUCUCCGUCACGGCAACGGCGAGUGCGAUCGACCCGAGCUUGUACGUUGCUGCUGGCGACGUCAUCCGCUUCAACGGAGAGACACACACGAUCGCGUCGGUUUCGUGCGCCGAUAUUGUGCUGGCUGCCGAUGCGGGUGGCAGCGGCACCUUCACUGCGUCUGCGGGUACUCUCUUGCGGUCGACGACGUCCGCCCCAGGGUUCAUCUCGACGUAUACAGCGGUUAUCACUGUCGUCUCGGCCACAGCAGGUUCGUCGUCGUUGGUCGUUUCUGCGGGCAAUGGCAUCGUCAACAACGACGUGAUCUCGAUCGCGGCGUAUGCCGGUGCCGCUGUCGUCGCAUCGACACCGGCGACUCCUGUCUACCGCAACCGGUUCAUUUCGACAACAGACCUUUCGCCGACGGUGCUCACGGGGGACUACGUGUGGUACACUUGGCCUGACGGCACGUGGAGCGAGUAUGUCGUGACGUCCGUCGGCGUUAACUGGAUCCAAUUCACCGGCGUCCUCAAAGCCCCGAUUGUGCAAGGCACGCUGACGAUUGGCGCCGGUGGCUUUCGAUAUCCGAUCGUGUUCAAGUCGUUGUACGGCAACCUCGCGUCAAUUGAUGCCCUUCCCGGUCUCAAUUGGGCGGGUCUCGACGCCCGUUUGCGCACGACCCGGCCCUACUUUGUGCCACCCAACACGAUCACACUCGGGAAUCCGUCCAUGGUGCAAACGAUUACCCUCUCGGCGGCGUCGGUGGCGGCCAUUGGCACUGGGGCAACCUACACGCUGUCGUUCAUGGGCGAGACGACGACGGCCUUGCCGUGGUCGGCCACCACCACCACGAUUGCGACGGCGCUUCAAGCACUCUCGGUCGUUGACGGCGUCACGGUGCAGUCGACCGCCGUCGGCGUCGGGUAUGUGCAUACGAUUACGUUCUGGGGCACCACGUACAACCGCCGGACGCUCCCGCCACUGAGCGCAGCGUUCACCGUUGGGACAGGCGGCAAUGUCGCUGAAGUCUCGAUCACUCAGUUUACAACCCGCCGAGGCUCGCCCGACACGGCGAGUGGUCCGUGGUACAAGGCUCUCGCCGCUGGCGCCACGUACGCACUGCGUAUGUCGGCGACCAAUGCCGCAGGGUUCGGAGCCGUGAGUGCUGUCGUCACGGCGUCGACGGCCAUGACCGCUGUGCUUCCGUCGCCGCCGCGGGGCGUUACGUUUGACAUUGCACAUGGCGCCACGUGGCUGGACGUGCGGUACCAUCCGCCCAUGUACCACGGCGGCGCGCCCAUCUUCAUGUACAAUAUCGAAUAUACGUCCGACCCGUCGUUUACCAACGUGGGUGUCGACGGCGGCACCAUUACGGUGCGGCAGCAGUUUGAGAUCCAGCAAGUGGCCACGAGCUUUCGAAGUGCGGGCGGUCAAGGCGGUACGUUUACGCUGGCGUUUGGCGGUCAAGUGACAGCGCCGUUGCCGCACGCGUGCUCGGCGGCGCAAAUGACUUCCGCGCUGGUCCUUCUGACCGGCAAUGCCAACGUCCCUGGGACACCGAUCGUCGUUUCUCGCUUCGGCCUUGGGUGGGGCACGGCGUGGAAGAUCACGUUCAUGGCCAACUUGGGCGACUUGGCGCUGCUGCGCGCCGACAGCUCGAUGCUCACAGGUGAUUUGGCGCACGUGCAAGUGACCGAAAUCCAGCGCGGGACCCGAGACUUGACCGCCGGCGCGUUUACCUACGACGUGCAAGACAUCUAUACGAGUGCAUCGUCGCCGGUCGCAGGGUCGUUUGUCGUGUCGUUCGACGGCGUCUGGACGGCACCGAUCUCGGUGCUCGCCUCGGCGCUUGAGAUGCAGAACGCGCUGCAAGCCACGUCGUCCAUCCAUACGGCCAAGGUGUCUAAGACCAUUCUGAGCUCGGCACUCAACACCGCGUGCUGGUCUGUCACCUUUGCCCACAUCAAAAACAACAUUGUGUCGGGCUCGGGCAACAUUUUUCCAAUGCAGAUUGUGACGGCGACCUUAACGGGCACGCAAGCCAGCGUGGCCGUGGCCAAGAAGGUGCACGGUACAAACCCCCUCGCCCUUCGCGUCUCGGGGCUGACGCCAGGCACCAAGUACUUUGCCCGAGUCAUGGCCUACAAUACGGUCGGGUACGGGUCGCCGACAAUGCCGUUCGCACAAGGCAUUCCACGGACGCAGCCGUCGGCCCCGAGCAGCGUGACGACGACCGUGUCCAGUGCAACUGCCUUGGGCGUCACGUGGUCGCCGCCACUCGCCACAGGCGGUGCUCCCGUCGACGCGUAUCGCAUCGAGUGGUUUCGAACCGCGGGACAGCCCGUCGUUCAAACGAUUACAACGUCGGCACUGCGCGGCUUGCCCGAGAUCCAGCAAGUCACAAGCGUCGCGUCGUCGCCGAGUCUGGGUGGGAACUUUAAGCUCUUGUUUCGAGGAAAGAGCACGAGCAACAUUGCGUGGAACGCGCCCGCGACCGGUGUCGGUUCGGUGCAGUCGCUCUUGCAGCUGGUCCCUGGCGUCGGCAGUGUGACCGUGACGUCCGCCACGUCGAUGCGCGCGGUACCGGGACUGUACGUGAUUCUAUCGACAACCACAACCGCGACGGCGCAGUUGCCGACGACGGACGUCACAACGUGCUGUGGAUUCGCAGUGGGCAACGCGAUUACGAUUGGUGGUCAGCCGUACACGAUUGCAGCGUUGGCUGGCACCACGAUCACGCUGACGGUGCUUGGACAAGCCGUGACGACGACGGUCCCCGUGCCCGUCUUUGUGAGCGCGAACGGGUUUACGUGGACGAUCACCUUUGGUGACAUGCACGUCGGCGACGUCCCGCCGCUCGUUGUCAUGCCGAGUGACAACUGGGGUGGCACCAGUGCCGGUAUCUUCGUCACGACGGUCCAGAACGGGCUGGUGCCGAUCGGCGGCACCUUCCGCCUCACCGUACCACUGACCGUCAACGGCGCCGUCAUGUCCAAGCAAACGGACCCGCUUCCGUUCAACGUAUCGGCCGCCGAGCUCCAAAGCUCUCUCCAAGCACUCGACACGGUGUCGUCGGUGGUGGUGUCCCAGUCACCGAACGGGUACGGUCGCAAUUGGUUCGUCACGUUUGUUAACGAAGUCGCGAACGACGUGCUACCGAUGGUUGCCGACGGCAGCGGCCUCACGGGCGCCAGUGCAGCGAUCUCGGUAGCGAUCACGAGUCCAGGGGUGCAGCCAACGUACUAUUGCGAGAGCCGUGGCACGGUCGGAACGUGCCAGCAGCUCGUUGCGAGUGCCGCGCAAGCCACAGUCGUGCCCCAGCUCACGACAGGCGUCCCGUACUUGACGCUGGUUCGCGCUCGCAACUCGGAGGGGUGGAGCCCGGGUGCGUGGGGCCUGCCGCAGUAUGUAACACCCCGAGGCAUCUCGUCCGCACCGACGGAUGUGCAGCUUCUUGUCUUGUCGAAUACGCUCCUCAAGGUCAUUUGGUCGCCGCCCACGAAUCUCGGCGGUACGAGCGUCGUGUCGUACACGGUGCAGUGGGACACCGACGUCGGGUUCUCGGCCGUCACAAGCCCGGGCUUUGACUACUUCUACGUCAUGACGGUGUCUCCGAGCGCGACGGGGCCAUUCUACUACAACAUUCCGAUCGCGAUGCAAGUCCCGAUCUUCGCUCGGGUCGCUGCGACCAACGACCGAGGUACGAGCGACUGGGCGACCACGGUGCCGUCGUCUGUGCUUCCUCAAAACGUGCGCCCCGGGCCGCCCACCUCUCCGACGCUUACCGUGGUCAGUAGCGCAGGGUAUUUGGUCUCGUGGAAAGCGCCGUCGACAGCACUUCCCGUCUUCGGCGGCUCGGGUGGGAUCCCAAUUACGCAGUACAUGGUCGAGUGGGACGUCUCGUCCACGUUUGACUCGCCUGCUGCGUUCGCCAUGGUGUCGGGGACGACGCUGCAGUACGUCAUUGGCGGCGAAAAUGUCCUGACAGGCGUCGUAUCGUCGGUGCUUACUCCAGGUGGCACGUAUUUUGUCCGUGUCUCGGCGUUCAACGGUCUCGGUGCGGGCCCCGUGGCGGCGACAAGCCCGCCGUCAGCCAUCUUGAGCAACCAGCUACCGAGCACGCCUGGUAGCUUGCAGCUCACAGAUGUGAGUGCGACGAGCGUGUUGGCUUCGUGGCAGACGCCAACGUUCGAUGGUGGUCUGCCACUGCAGUCGUAUGCACUCAUGUACGACGACAACAGCAGCUAUCUCAGCGGGCACGCCACAACUGUCUCGGUGCCCAUCGUCCGCGAGAUGCAAGCGCUGUGGGUCUCAACCGACCCCGUGUCCGAGACGCAGUACAUCGAGGCUACGGUGCAGGUCACCAACGAACGCCAAACUGUUCGAACAACGGUGACGGGCGUUGACGAAGUUCAAACGAUCUCGACGUCCUGCGCCGACGUUGUGGACGAGGUCCAGACCAUUACGACGUCGGCGACCGAUCGAAACGAAGUGCAACACAUCGUUCUCGACGCCACGGUCAUCAACGAAGUCCAAGGCGUCCGGACGUCUCUGACGAGCGCCCCCGAGAUUCAAACGGUCGUUGUCGGCACGACUCGAGUCAACGAGGUCCAGUCCUUUAGUAUUACGUUUGCAGGUAUAACCGCCCACGCUGGUAUUACUGGCGGUCUGGUGGUCAGCCUCGAUACCACCUUGUGCUUCUUCUGCGCGCAGAAGAUGACGGCGCAGACCGUCGAUGUGACGACGGCGGUCACGUCGACAAGCGACACGACGGCCGCGUCCGACUUUGUUACGGCACUGGAAGGCCUCUCCAACGUAGACGUUGUGGAGGUCACACGCGUCUCGACGCCGGACGCCACCAACAACCUGCUCACGCUCGAUUUCACCAUCACGUUUACAGGCGUGGGCGUCGCUGGAAAUAUCCCCGCGAUCCAGCUCCAGAGCACGCUUGGGCCACUACAGUCGGCGGUUCCGACGCAAACGACCGAGACGCAAGCUGGCAGCAACCCCGUGUACAGUCCAGGCAGCGUCUUUCGCCUCUUCUACACGUGCGAGCAAUAUUCGGACCCGGCAGUCACAACAGGCGCGUUUCCGGGUGUCAGCGCCGCGUGCCAGCCGACGGCGCCGCCUCUCUGCCCGACGUGUGCGACUGCGUUUGACGGAACGACCAUUUCAGUUGACGUCGAUUUGACGACGGUGGUUGCGGUUGGAUCGGUCCUUCAGAUCGGUCCGUGUGUCUUUGGCAUCUCGGCGCGGACGGCGACGACGCUGACAGUCGACACCAGCAACGUCGGACGGUAUUGCACCACGUUUUCAGGCGCGACGUCGGCCGUGUACGUUGCGAAAGUGCUCUCGCCCAUCUCGAACCUCGUCAUGCGGCAAGGCGCCGGCGGCACGCAGUACCCCGAGGUCGACACGGCGGUGGCGACGCAAUUCCUCAACAGUCUUGGCAAAGCCGUGUCGGUGGUCGCGACGCCGGUCGUGUCGCUUGCCUUCGUCGGCACGUCGUAUGCGAUUAGCUUUGUCAGCAACACGGGCACGAUCCCGCUCCUCACGUGCGACGCCACCAAUAUCGUGGUCUCGAGCGGCACGCCAACGUGCACGGUGACGCGGACGUCGAUCGGUAGCAUGAUGCACGGCACCUUUACACUGUCGCUGACGCGGGCGUCCGACAGCGUCCUCUUCACGACGCCUGCGAUUCCAUUUGACGCAACGCCAGCCACGCUGAAGCAGCUGUUGCAAGGCGUCGGUGCUGUCUCCGAGUGGGUUUGGGGCUCGGUCAGCGUCACACGGUCUGUGUACCCGCCGGCACCGACGCGCUGGUCGGGCGGCUACGCGUGGACGAUCACGUUCUUGUCGCGCGGCUGGAACGUGCCCAAGAUGACGUUUACGAGCAGUCUUGGCAAUGCGAUUGGUGCCACCCCGGCGCCCGUUGUUGCGAUCGAGGACGCGACGAGUCUCCUCACGCCGUCGUUGGGAAGUGUCGACGGCAACCAAAUCAGCGGGUCGUUCAAGCUGUCGUACAAUGGUGUUGUGACUGCCGCCGCGUGCGUCCUUGGCACCAACACGGACGCUGGCAACAUUCUUGUGGGGCCCACGGUCCAAGACACAGCGUUCGAGACAUACCUGAAAGCGCAAUUUGGGUGGACCAGUGUGAGUGUCUACCGCUCGCUCCCGACGCGGGCUUUCGGCUUUACGUGGUCCAUUACGUACAAUGACGCCAACACGGGCGGCAACGUCCCGUUGAUUCAAGUCGUGUCACCAAGCUUUGUCGGCACCGGCGUCAGCAUUACGACCGACGAAGUGGUCGCUGGCAACCAGCUGAGUGGCACGUUCCAAUUGACCUUUAAUGGACAAACGACGGGCCCGAUCUCACACGCCGCCAGUGUGCAAGAGGUCGCGACGCAGCUCAACAACCUCAACUCGAUCCAGCCCUCGAGGGUGACCGUCUCGCGCGUUGGGCCGUUCGGACCGACGUCCGGUGUCCUCAACGCCGCCACGCAGGUGGGCGGGUACCAAUGGUUCAUCACGUUCACGUCGUCGACAUGGAAAGACCCAACCUCCGACCACACAGUGUACACGCCUGGCAACUGGUUGGGGCCACCGGCAGCGUGGACCGACGUGUGGGAAACGGGCUACUCCAAAGCGUGGGGUCGCCACGUUGGACCGCUGACCGCCAUGGGACUGCAACUGUCGUGCUUGGCACAGGGGCUCACCGACACGGCCAACGGCGGCUCCCCAACGUGCGUCGUUGGCACGUCCCAGCCUGGUGUCGGCCCGCUCAAAGGCAGCUUCACACUGCAGCUCGACACGACGUCGAGCCUCUACAUGUCGAAGAACGAGAUCGCGACGAGUGCUCCGAUCGCGCACAACGCGUGGGCGUCGGCGGCACAGAGCCAGAGCAGCGGGCAGUCGGUGCAAGAGAUCUUGCAGGCCAUGACCAACAUUGGCACCGUCGCCGUCACCCGAAGCGCCGUGAACGUUCUCACCGGUGGGUACACGUGGACGAUCACAUUCCUGUACGACAAGGAGCCGUGCGCGCAGCACGACUCGAUCAACAACUUGUGCAACGCGCCUGGGAACGUUCCGCCGCUCGCAGUCGCGACCAAUAGCUUGGUGGCAUCGACGCCGGCAAUUGCAAUCUGCGAUCAGUCGACCAAUCCGUGCGGAGUCGCCGUCGACGGUGUCAUCCUUCGGUCGAGUUUUAGCGUCUUCAAAGUCACAGGGGACCCUGGCGUCGAGAGCCGGUUUGCACUUGCGGCCACGUGCGAGGGCGCAACCCCCGGCUCGACGUGCGCGACGAUCGUCGGUGACCAAUUCUACCUUGCGGGCUACGCAUCUUGCGUCUUUACAGUCGCUACUGUCACGCCCACCUUUCUCGACGUCGUGGACCAAGUAUGCGUACCGAUGGCCGGCGGUCUCACGGCCGGUCCCUUCGCACUUAGCAUGGUCCUACCUUGGAAUGCACAAGAGAGUGCUGUCGCGCGUGUUCUCCGCGCUGCGUCUGCGACGGCACUCGAGACGGGCAUCUGGGCCAACGGCCGCGUCACCAGCGUCACACGGACCGUCAUUGGACAGUACGGUGCCAUGUCGUGGCUCAUUCGGUUCGUCUCCAAUCCUGGCAACACGCCACCGGGCGCCGGGAACGUGGCGCCGCUGACAGUGUCAUUUCUCGCCGCGCCGACCUGUGUCUGCCAAGUGACCGUCACCGAGACGCAAGCCGGAUCGGCGCCCCUCGGUGGCGCGUUCACGAUCGACUAUCACUCGACGUUUGGGCCGCGCACGAUUUCCUUUAGGGAAACCGCCGAUCGCUUGGAGCGCAAGCUCAACGAGAUGAACACGCUGGGGCGCGUCCGCGUCACGCAGUUUCCGAUUCCGUCGGUUGGUCUCGGGUGCCUGACGACGGCGUGUGCGGGCGGCUGGGACGACGUUGCCGUCUCGAACGACGGGACGCGCGGCGGCGCACUUACGGUCUCGUACCCGGCGCUCACGGGCGCCCAGUCAGCGGUCAACGUCAUCACCGUGACCGACGGCAACGGGCCGAUCACGGGUGCGUUUAUGCUUUCCUACGCUGGCGCCGAGACGCCACCGAUUCCGUACGCGGCGUCGGCGCCGAUUCUCGAGCAAGCGAUCGAAGCGCUGCCGUCGAUGAGCUACGUUCCGGCCACCAACGACGUCUUGUCCGUAUACCGCAUCCCACUCGCCGUCGCCACGAUUGCUCAGGACAGCAGCGUGGCUACCAUCUCGGGUGUCGAUAUCACGCAGUAUUUCGCGCCCGGGGAUCUGAUUCGCUUUGGACCACCGCCGUCCGCCAACACGCUCGUCGGGUCCAACGGCGAUACCCCAGUGACAGGCGUCGUUGCGUCGUCGACGGUCACGGUAGCAAGGUCCUCGCCAAGUCUUGCGACACCGACGUCGCUGUCAACGACUCUGUUUCCGGGCGACCAGGUGCGCCUCAGCGGCGGCAUCUACACGGUGGCACGCACAGGUAUUGAGAUUCAGACGCUCACGGUGGCGCUGCCGACGGCGUCGUGGACACCGACCAAUGUGGCUACCGUCAACUUUUACAAGCUCACGCUUGCCUACCAAGGCGCGUCGGCGACGUCUGCGUGCUUGCCGGCGCAGACAGCGACGCUUGCUACGGUGCUCAACGGCCUCGUAACGAUGAUCGACCCGACGCGGUCUGGCAGCUCGAUCACCGUCACGCAAAGCCCAGCGACAGUCGUCGGUGGCAACACGCAGAUCGUCUACACCAUCUACUUUGGCGGUGCUGUCGUCUUUGGUGACGUGGCACUGCUCACUGCGACCACGGCUACGUGCGCAGCGCUUGCUGGAGGUACAGCAACAGCAGCCACGGUGCUAAACGGGGGACGCAUGGCGCACCAGCGAGUUACUCUCUCGACUGAUUCGGGUUACGUUGUCGAUCCCACGGGGUACUAUAAGCUCUCCUUGGGCAGCGUCGCAACGACUUGUAUCAAGUGGGGAGACACGAGUGCGGCGAUCCAGGACCAAGUCAACGCCGCGUGGCCCGAUACCGUCCUCGUGUCGGCCCACGGCUCGGGCACGUCGACGACAGAGCUCCAGCAACUCGUGCUGGCGUCCAACGCUCCGGUCGUGAACGGCGCCAAUGGGUACUUCCGCCUCGCGCUGACCAACAACGGCGCAACGGCAACGACGAGUUGUCUCAACUACGGUCUCUCGGCGACGGCGCUCCAAACCGCUCUCAACGGACUGAGCAAUGUCAUGAGUGGCCACAUUGUCGUGACAUCGUCCGGUGACGGCUCGGCGGCGUCGGGAUACGGCUUUCAGUAUACGAUUGCGUACAACGGCAACCUUCGCGUCGGCCUCAGCAACGUCCUUGGCAACGUCGCACCGCUCGUCGUCUUUUCCAUGGGCACCGGAGCGUGUUCGCCCGUGACGUCGGGGCUGCCAUCGAUCUACGUGCAGACGCUACGGGACGGGACGCCAGCAUACGCGUACGAUUUCUACUUUGUUGGAAGCUCGUACAGCUACGUGGCGCCCAUUACAAUUACCGACGAAGCCACAUGCACCAACGGGUGGUCGACCGUCGGCGGCAGCUCUCGGCGCAUUGAAGCCAGCGUCGUCGACGGCGGCGGCAAUUAUGCGAUCCAGCGCAUCGUCGUGGCGGAUGCAACUGCACCGAUAGCUGGGACUCCGAGCUUCAAGAUCGGGUUCCUCGGCCAAACGACGGGGACGUGUGUCGACUACAACGCAGCCGCCUCCGCCGUCCAAACUGCGCUCAACACACUCUCGACGAUCGGAGCCGACGGCGUCGUCGUCAACCGAGACAUUGAUCCGGUCGGCGCCCCCAACGGGUUUGUGUUUACGGUGACGUUUACAGCGCCGGCGCUCAGCGGCACGCUGCCGCUCCUCGUCGUCGACACCUUGGGCUGCACCGCCUUUGCUGCCACGUCGUCCGUGACGGUGGUUUCCGUGUACGCGGGUGGCACGGCCGACAACCGACUCGCGCUGUCGACGCCGUACACCGGGGAUGCCGUCGGUGCCGUCGUGCUCUAUGGUGUAUCGCAGACGUUUUCCGUACUCAACGAGCAGUUUGCCGUGUUUCAGAUCGUCGUGUCGAACCCCAACGGCAACAUUGCGCCCAGUGGCACGUACGACCUGACGCUCGGUAGCACGACGACGACCGUGUCGUGGAAAGCCACCGAAGCCGAGCUGGAGAUAGCUUUUGCGACGCUGACUGGCGCGGCGUCGGGCGUCACUGUGACGGUGCGCACGGACCCGAUCUUGUCGCCGAACGGAUACCUCUACACGGUGUACUGCCUCGGAUCGCUCGUCAUGGGCAACAUUGGCCCACCGACGGAAAGCAACCUUCAAAACUUUGGCACUGGCACCGUCACCGUCACCACGAUACGCGCGGGGUCCAACACGAACCUGCUCGCGGCGUCGACGGUGCCCCUUGCCACGGUCGCGUCGGCAGCGGUACCCGCCACCUACAUUGGUAGUCGCGGCGCCAACUUGGCGGUGUACAAAGUGAACGGGUUCCAGUGGUCACUCCGGUUCGCCGAGAUGAUUGGCGACGUCGCACCGCUUGGUGUCGACAGCACUGGCGUCACGGGUGCCGUCACCGUCUUUGACAACUUUGUUCAAGGGUCGCCGUCCAACAAUUAUAGUGUGACCAACCUCCAGCCAGGCAACGAAUACUACAUGCGCGUUGCGGCAACGACGGCGAUUGGUUCGAGUCCGUGGUCGGCGUCAACAUCGAUCAUUCCCAGCGCCGUGCCACCACCUCCUGUCAACGUCCAGACGGGCCUCGACUUAUUUGUGAGCGAAGUCCAACGCGUCAAAACAGCCGCGCGUCACGUACUUGAAGUACAGUCGGUGACGACGUCGGCCGCCAUGAUCUCGGAGGUCCAGACGCUCACGGUCACCACCAACCCAUGUGGGUCGAGCACCUGCGUCGUAGGGGCCAUCGCGUUUCGACAGCCAACAGUGCAAGUCAUUACGAUCGCUGCCAGCGCAACGAUCACGGCCGGUCAAUUUCAGCUCGUGUACACAGACACCGUCAGCAACAAUAUCGGCGCCUUGACGCAGCAGCCGUACCCAACAGCGGCCAUCAACUGGAACGCCCAAGCGAGCGAUGUGGCCGCGGCGCUGGUGGCCACAGGAGCCUUGGUCGCUUCUGACAUUGUUGUGACACGCACCGGCGAUGGCACCGUCAGCUCCAACUACGGCUACACGUUUUCAGUGACCUUUGUGAGCCUCAACGUCGCGGGCCAAGUCGCGCCGAUGCAGAUACUGGAAACCCCGGCGGCGUCGGUGCCGUGCACCGCGUUUGCAACCUUGGGUGGUGCGCCCUACUCGCUACGCCAGAGCCAGAACUUGGAGAGCGCGAUGGGCACCAACACCGCCGUCCAGAGGCUCGUCGUGCAAAGCGCCGCAGUGCUGUACAAGGGUGGAUUUACGCUUUCGUUUUCGUUUGCUGGCGGCACGGGGUCGACGGCCUGUCUGCCCUUCAACAUCGCCGCAGCGGACCUUGAGGCAGCGCUCGAGCUCUUGCCAAACAUCGAUGAGGUGCUCGUUGUGCAGUCGUUAGACCCAGUGGUUGCGCCCAACGGGGCCAUCUACGAUAUCUUUUUCCAUGGCCACGGCGUGUCGCGGUACGUCCCAGGGCAGCCGGUACCGGCGCUCGUCGUGGCAACGGGCUGUACGCCAUUCCAAACACUCGUUAACAACGUGCUGACAGCCACGACGGCCAGCGUCGCGAUCACGUACACACAUCCCAACGACUUUACGAGCGGAUUUUUGCAGCGGCGACCGCUUCAGCGAGUUUGCUUCAAGCCGACAUUGCACGUCUCCCAAUCGGUGGCCCCAACGUGUACGUCUCGGCGACUCUCCGCGAUGCCCAAGGCGGCACGCAGUGGACGAUCGUGUUCGACGAGGGCAGCGGCGACGUGCCGCAGUGGAUUUGCUCUGCCGACGCCACCUUUCGCGCCGUGAGUGGGGCCACCUGCGCCGGCGCCACGAUCGUCGACGGCAAUGUGCUCGGCGGCAGCUUCCUCCUCGGCGCGUCCGACCCGAUUCCGUUCGAUGCGGACGAACCGACCAUGACGUCGAUUCUGCAGCAGCAGUCGUGGGUCGGGACUGUCCUCGUGACGCGGACCGGGCCCAACGGACAACUCGGGUACACGUGGAUAAUCUCGUUCUUGACGUACCAAGGCAAUGCGCCGCUGCUCACGCCGACCAACUUGCUCUCGGGUAUCGGCAACGACAUUGUCGUGACGGAAGUUGUCGCAGGGAACCAGCUUGGGGGGACGUUUACGCUGACGUUUCUCGGCGCAACGACGCCGCCGAUCGCGUGGAAUGCCGCUGCAUCCCCCGCGCAGUCGCUUGGCGACGGCUCGUCGAUCCAAGAAAAGCUGCAAACGCUCGCCACGAUUGGCGCGCUCUCCGUAACUCGGACCGGCCCGGACUUUGAAGGCGGGUACGAAUGGUUUGUUACGUUUGUCGACAACGUGGUGACGGGCGGCAGUCUCCCCUUGCUCCGAGCCAACACGGCAGCGCUCACGGGCACGACUGCGCUCGUCGACGUCCGGCGGCUUGUCCCCGGGUCCAUGGGCUCGGGCUCGCGUCUCGCGGUUUCGUUCGAGCCGCCUUCGACCGACAAUGGGUCGCCCAUCACGGGGUAUACGAUCAACUGGGACACGUCCAAUGCGUUUAACGCAGCACCCAUGGCGCUAACCAUCUCGGACCCCGCGCUCUUGACGACGCGACAGUACGUGACCACGGGCGCUUCGAGUCUCAGCUGGUCGGGCACGCUCUCGCCACCGACCGCGACGACGCAGAGCAUUGCCGUGGGCGCUGUUUGCCCGAGCUUUACACUUUCGUUCAUGGGCGCGGCGACCGGCACGAUUUUAGUUGGGACAACACCUUUGACGACCGUGCAGAGCAUGCUGAAUGCCCUUCCGACGAUCAACGGCGUCGUCACCGUGACACCGAGUACCGGUGUUGUUGCGCUCAGCACGUCGUUUGCAAUCAUCUUUUCGGGGCAGUUUGGACCGCAGUCGAUUCUCGUAUCGUCCGCCGGUUGCGCCGUGCCGUCGAUCGUCGCCAUUGGUAGCACGAGCUACCGGAAGGAGGUGCUGGCAUUCCAGUGCACGGCCACGUCGGGCGCGGUUGCCAUCACCGCCAAGAGCAUCACGACCACGUUUCCCUUCAACGCGCUCUUGGGUGACGUGGCGACUGGACUCGCGACGGCGCUGGGUGCACCGUCCGGUGGCGUCACGGUGACGACGCCGUCGCAGCUCCUCUUGUGCGCAUCGCCUACGCCUGAUGUCGUGACGAUCACGUUUCAUUACGUCUAUGGCGCACUUGGGAGCACGGCAGCGGACGAUGGUGCGGGUGGCACAACAGUUGUGCUUGCGCCAACGAGCGUGGCCGGCAUUUACGUGCGCCCUGCGAAUGCGCUCAGCGGUACGUUCCAGCUAACUUUCAACGGCGCCACGACACCACCGCUGAACGCGCAGUCGACCGCCAUCGACGUCCGCGUCGCGCUCGAGAGUCUUCCGGCGAUUCGAACGGUGUCGGUGGCGCAAUCGUUCGCGACAUCCGCACUCACCGGCACGGUCGACGUCGUACAAGGCCAGCUGUACGUGACGUGCUCAUUCGGCCAAGUGUGCAACUUUGCUUCGUUUGCCUACGGCGUGCCGGGCGUCCCGAUCCAGAUUGGCGGCACGUGGUACACCGUUCUCAGUGACACGGCGUCGUCAUCGCUGCCGUCGAAUGCAUUGUACCUCGGCGAUACAAACGGCAACCCGAUGGCGUAUGUCGGCCCCACCGCCCUCCGCGUGACUGUCUAUGAGUGGACUAAGGGGUACCAGUACACUGUUGACUUGCUCUCUGUCUCAACGCCGGGCAAGCUGCGCGCGCGCAAUCUGCAGCUCAAGCCAAGUGACGCGACGGUCGUGACGCGCGGUGCGUCGUGCCAUCGCUGUGUCUACGUGUCGCCAUCGACACCAGGGUUGACGCCGGGCACGCCGUACUUUCUCACCGUCAACGCCAUCAACGACAACGGCGCCAGCGUUGCGUCCGCAGUUGUGACGGCGACGCCGCGGCAAGUGCCCAACGCCCCGAACGCGUUCAACAUCGUCGUUGUCUCGGGCACGCAGGCGGUCGUGUACUUUGGUCCGCCGGCGCCGCCUUCCAACAGCGCGAUCAACUACAACAGCGACAUUACGUCGUACCUUGUGCAGUGGGACACGCACACGAGCUUUCUGCACGGACGACCGGCGUGCACGGGCUGCGCCAAUGCCUUUGGCGCCACGACGCUCAGUGUUUCGACGGACUUAACUGGCGUUCUCGUCGUCAGCAACCAAAUCACGCUCGGAGCCAUGCAAUGUGUGCUCACGAUCACGGCCAUUUCGCCAACGACGAUCACGGUGGCGGCCAACGCGUGUCCGGCGUUCGUCGCACAAGCCUACGACGUUGUGUUCUACCGGAGUCCGCCGGUGCCGGUGUCGGGCGUCGCGAUCCAGGGCACACCGCCGUACCAGUACCUCAUCCAAGGGCUCACGCCCCACGUGACGUACUACGUCCGCCUCGCAGCCGUCAACUCGGUGCCGUUUACGCGCGUCGCCGUCUCGGGCACGCCGCCGACCAACUGUCAAUGGUCGUUUCCGAUCGCGAUCACGCCAACCAAUGUCCUUCCAGACCCGGUGCUUUCGGCGGUCUUGUACGUGCAGUCGCCUACGUCGCUCGAGCUGCAGAUUCGCCCGUCCACGCGCGACGGCCAGGGGCUCAACGGCGCCGCCGUGACGUUUUAUUCAGUCGAUGUCGACACGGUCUCGACGUUCACGUCGACGGGGCGUCUCUUUCCUGUGGACGUCCCCGCGGCGAGUUUUGUGUCCUUGUUUGCGGGCGGUCCACUCACGUAUUCGAUCACGGGGCUUGUCGCCGGCACGCAGUACUUUGUGCAAGUCCGUGCCAAGACGAGCGUCGGGUACAGUCUCGCGACGAUUGCGACCAACACGCUGGCGCCGUCCGGGCCACCGUCGGCGCCGACCAGUGUUCGCAUCAGCACGCCCAUAAAGCAACCGAACGCACCGAUCACGCAGGCCACGGUCGUGUGGGCGCCGCCGGCGACGUCCAACGGCCGGCCGCUGAGCUACUACCACGUGGAAUGGUGGACGACGGCCUCUCGCGCCGAAGUGCAAGUGGUGCAACUGCUGUGGACAACAGCACCGACAGCGCUAACGUUCACCUUGGCGUUUGGUGGUGCGCUCACUGGCAGCUUGGCACUGAACUGCGCGCCGGAAAACGUCCGUAGCGCGCUCAUGAACCUCGGUGGCGGCACGACGCCCGGUGCGCCACUCAUCGGAAACGUCGAGGUCACGCGCAGCGCCAUCAACGUCAAUCAAGGGUACCAGUGGAGCGUAACGUUCACGACGGCGCUGCGCGACCAGCCGUUGCUGCAAAUUGCCAUCGUCUCGUCCACCGGUGGCAGCGGUAUCCAAGCGAGUACAUUUGAAGCGGUGGCCGGCGUCGUCGGUGGCACAACCAGCACCCCCGGUACGCCCGAGGUUCAAGUGCUUACGAUCACCAACACCAACGCUGCCCAGACGACAGCCGGCUUUUUCCGACUGGCAUUCCAAGGGUCGUCGUGGUCCAACUACCUCCCGGCGUCCGCGCCGGCGUCGCUGGUGCAAAACGUGCUUCAGCAACUCUCGACGGUUGGCCAAGUGUCGGUGGCGGCGAUCACCCAUGGCGCGUUUCCCGCCAACAUGGUGGCGUACGUCAUCACCUUUACGUCGUUCGUUGGCAACGCCCCGGCGCUCGCCGUCGACAGCAGCAAGCUACAGCCAGCCUCGUCCGUCGCAACCGUCUACGACGGCAACAACGUCGUGCUCAACACAGGCGCGUGGUGUUUACCUGCCGACACGGUCUGUGCCGCCAUCUACACGUACGUGCGCAUCGGCGAAGCUGCCGUCGGCUACGGCUUCUACGACACGACGGCCGCCAACGUCCUCACCUACAUGAUCCCGAAUCUCACGACCGGGACGGCGUACUACGCGUCGCUCACAGCCCGCAACACGCUUUCGUUUGGACCUCGGGCGGCAAGCUACCCGGUGGUCAUUACACCGCCACUGCAGGUGCCGUCGCCGCCCGCCGCUGUCUCUGUCAGCGUCAAGCCUGGCUCGUCGACGCAACUGCUGGCGACGUACUCGGCCCCAACGAGCGACGGCGGGUCGCCCAUUUUGAAAUACCUCGUCGAGUACGACACGUCGCCGGCGUUUUCGAGCGCGGGAAGCCAGAGUGUAUGGUGUGCCGUCGCCAAUGUGCAUGCGGUCUGGAGGGUCACGUCGAGCCGCGUCAAUGUCGCGCAGACGUCGCCGAUCGGGGCCGGGUGGUUCCAGCUCAAGCUCACGCGUGCCAACGCCGUGUGGACGACCGACCCGAUCCCGUUCAACGCCGUCGCGCUUGGGGCUGCAGAGCUCGGCGCGCAGCCCGCGUUCUCGCUGCUCUACUGCACAGCGUGCGCUACCUGCACCGACACGUGCGACGUGGUGCGGCAACGGACGUCGGGGUCGCUCCAGCGCAAAUUGCAAGGCCUCGCCUCGAUCGUAAACGGUGUGACGGUGUCCCGGACGCCAGUGGCGGCGGCCGACGGCGGGUAUGUGUGGUCGAUCACGUUCAUGGACGCCGGCGACGACUUUACCCUCGAGGCCGUCGCGUCGUCGUCGAGUCUCAACUGCGCCGCUAACACGUGUGCGCCCACCGACUACCAAGUGGCCGCCGUCAAGGUCACCGCGGGUAUCCUCUACCCGCCGUGCACAGGCGCACAAGUCAUCCCCGCGGUCGGUGCACUCACCAAGGGUCAGUUCUACUACGUCCGCGUCACGGCCUUUAACUCGAUUGGGUUUGGGUUGCCGCAAGCCGUGCUAAGUCCGCAAAAGCCCAUGGUGGUGCCCGGUCUGCCGACCGGCGUGACACUCACUGUCAACUCGAUUUCGACGCUGCAAGUGGUGUUUAGCCCACCGGUCGACAACGGCGGCGACAUCAUCACGUCGUACACGGUGACGUGGUCGACCGCCCCGGACUUUUCUGCGUCGCCGGCGUCAUUGGUUGUCAACAACCUCGCGAAUGGCUCGCCCUUUACUGCGAUCAUCCCGGGGUUGACAAAAGGUGUCUUUUACUUUGUGCACGUGCGCGCGACCAACUCGCAAGGCACGGGACUGCCGGCGCUCUCGUCGCCCCUCUCCCUCAACCCGUCCACGGUGCCCCUCUCGCCCACCAACGUGCUGCUUGGCGUGACGUCCCCGAGCAUGCUCACGGUCGGGUGGGCGCCGCCGGUCGACAAUGGCGGCGACGCGCUCACGGGCUACAUCGUUGAGUGGGACGUCGUCGCCACGUACGACAGUCUGACGCCGGCGCCGGACCGCAGCAGCGUCUCGAUCUCGGACACGGCGCAGACGUCGCACACGAUCACGCUGCUCGCCGCGCAGACCGCGUACUUUGUGCGCGUCUUUGCCGUGAAUCGGCUCGGCGUAAGCGCGCCCCAGGACGCAGCGCCCGUCCCGAGUGUGCCCGCGCUCGUCGCACCGGGCAAACCCAUCUCGCUCGCGGCGUCCGUGGUCUCGACGCCCAGCGCCGGCAUCUACAUCCAGUGGCAGGCGCCGUAUGUUCCGUACCACGGCAUUCCGUGCUUUGGCUCGCUCGCGUCGCCUGUGCCGUGUCCGUUGAUUCUCGGCGUGAGCGCCGUGUAUGGCGGGUCUGGGCUCCGAAGUUACUACCUCGAGUGGAGUACGUCGUCGGUCUUCUCGGGCACGAACCGCGUCCCGGUCGCCGGCACCAACAUCCUCUUGACGAAUGCAGCCCAUGGCAUCGUGUCGGGGACGACGUACUAUAUGCGCAUCCAAGCCGUCAACAACAACGGCUACAUGAGUCUCUUCUGCGAGCGUGGGAACGUCAACUCAUACCUCUGCCCCGACAGCUUGCUCUUGCCCGACGGCAGCUUUGCCAGCGGCGCCUACGUCACCGCCACGGCGCCAUAAACUCGCCAUGUACAAUAUUGCAUAAUUCAACUCAAAAUCAACGCUAGUACAUGCUUUUAAGACGUCCA